AUGGCCUCGUGGUCAAGCACUUCCAGGAAGCCGUCAAUGAUCUCCGGGUCGAGAGCAAAUCAAGCGGGGCAGAUCUCGUUCACCGAUCCGCCAAAGGUCACCAUCGCCAUCGGAGAGACGACCCAGACAUCAGAGGCAAGCAUCUCCGAUUCGUCAAGGAUGAACAUCUUUCAGUCUUCAUUUUUACAGAAUCAAGGCUUUUCUGUCGGUCAAAGGCAAGCACCCGAGAAGCAGCAUAUACAGCAAAGCACCAGAAAUGUUGCCUCUUCGAAUACAAUCAUUCUCAAUCCGUUUCUGGCUCCUCCGGCUCCAUUGGGCACAGUAUCGGCAAAUACAACUCGACAAGGAACUGCGAAGGAUGUCUCCAACCAUACGGUCGUCGCUAUUCAGCAACCAGUGAUGAAUCCGCCUUCUCAGAUACAAGACAUAGAUGAGGUUUACGUCGACGAUCCACAUUUCGUCCUUGGGGUUAGAGAAGAAGCUCUUGAGAAGGAGAUCCUUGAGGCUUAUCAACAGCGUAUGUGGGAAGUUGAGCUUGAACGUGUAGCCGACACGGACUACAAAGAAGCUCGUGGACCAGACAAUGUUUGGGAUCAGAGUGUUGCCAUAUUACGCGCGGCGAAGAAGAAACUUGUCGGAUAUUAA